GCUGUAGGCGCGUUAGGUGGCGUCUAUUUGACCGUCAACAACGGUUCUCUACAUCGACCUGCCGUAUUACCGGUCGUAGAAGCCUCCCGUUAAAUACCCGCUGCCCUUGCCCCCCCCAAAAAAAGUGUACGCGCCAACACCGGACCGCGUUUGAUUGGUCGGAGGCUCUUCGCUUUCUUCGUCUUGAAUUAGUGGAACAACCUUGCGGAGUUUAACAACUCUCUAAUGAUCACCACGCAAUUUUUGUUCACUUUCACUUUGUGCUCCUGUUUUCAGGUGGCAUUCAGGACAAGAAUCGUGGAACACAUCUUAGCUAGCUUUUCAGCUCUGCAUGGGAGGGCCCCCAAAGUGUGGCUUCAUACGUGGUGGGAUUGGGUUGUGGUGAGAGUGAGAAGCAUGAGGGAGGGGUGCUUCAUUCAUUUUACGUGGUGUAGUUAGUCUUUAACGCACUGGUAGACACUGUGAUGAAGAAUUUGGCACUGGAUAUUGCAAGUUGGGGAUCAGGCUCCUACCCACCGCUGCUGAGAGGUUCAAGACGGACUACUACAAGAGGUGUGCGAAACUGGAGUUCAGCACACUACGUACCACAAUUCUCCAAGGUGAAGAACCGGAUCCUCUGAUUGGUUGUUGUUUUCGUUUGAAGGGGCCGGUUGGCAUGGCUGCCAGCGGUGAGAGUACAAUUAGUUCUCGUAAGAGGGAAAUAAAACCGUCGCG